AUGUCAGGCCCGGCUAUACUACGCUCACACAAAGGGCUUUUGACUCGAUACUGCAAUCGCUUAACGCAGCUUCUCGACGAGCAAUCCCCAAGGCAGCCAGAUGAGGUUCGCAUAGACCAAACAUCAAUACAAAAACUCCGCAGAACCUCCUUUGAACUGUCGGCAACGAUGCGGCUCGUCACAGAUGCCCUAAAUAACUUCACGACCGCACUAGAUGAUCGUCAAGAACCACUCACGGAAGAAAACGAUAAGCAAGUGACGCAGUAUUUAGACAAAGCUCACGCAGUGUUGGAACGAGCACAAGAACGAAUAAUCAGCAUAGAGGGACAAGACCCAGUCAGGAAGAAACAACAAUGGUACAAAUGA